UUUUGUUGUACAUUUAUUUACACACGUACGACUACACAAACAACAACAAAAAAUAAUAACCCAAAACUUGUCUGGUUCUUCGGUCGGUUCUUGUCUGCACUGCACCUCACAGUUGAUAACAUUUUGUAAUGUUUACUGGCAACUUCAUUCAUCAAUUAUGAAGAUAAUGACUUAGGCCUAUUUAGAUAUAAAAAGUUUGUCUCCGCUACCAAUCUCAUUUUAAGUUAAAUGCUGAUAACCAGUUGUGUUCGUUUCGUGUUCGUGUUGUGGGCUAACUUAAGCAAUUAAUUGUGAACAAUUACAUACAGGCAAGACAGGAAUAGCCUAAUUGUUGUUUUAAUUUUCAAGCCUACCUUGGAAUUUAGUGUAAAAUGGCUGAGGAUGAAGAUGGAAAAGAAUAUCGAUGGGAGACUGGAUAUGAGAAAACCUGGGAGGCGUUACAAGAGGAUGAUGAGGGAUUGUUGGAAGCGUCGGUGGCCGACAUUAUACAGAAGGCCAAACGCAAGAGACAGGCGGAGCGGAAAGGCCAUACCAAGCUGGGCAUGAUGAGACAUCUGUAUCUCAUCAUUGACUCUUCUGAAGCCAUGCUCGAUCAAGAUCUAAAACCUACGAGGCAGCUCUGCACAAACAAGCUCCUUGAAGGAUUCAUUGAAGAGUUCUUCGACCAAAAUCCCAUUAGCCAGCUGGGUGUUAUAUCAACCAGGAACAAGCGAGCAGACAAAGUGUCAGAACUGGCUGGAAACGCUCGAAAACAUUUGUCUGUCAUACAGAGCCAGUUCAGCCUACCAUCGCAAUGUGUUGGAGAGCCAUCGCUGCAGAACGCGCUGGAGUUGGCUGCGUCUUCCCUGAAGAUGUUGCCGUCCCAUGCAAGUCGCGAGAUACUCAUCAUCCUGGGCAGUCUGACUACCUGCGACCCCGGGGACAUCACCCAGACCAUCAUGAUGCUGAAGUCACAAAACAUCCGAGUAUCAGUGAUCGGGCUGGCAGCGGAGGUACGGAUCUGCACGGCUCUGUGUAAGGAUACUGGUGGAGUUUACGGAGUAGUGCUGGAUGAUAGACACUUCCGAGACUUGCUGUUUACACAUGUAGAACCUCCACCGGCCUCAGUGGCUAACAGUCAGGAGGCCAGCCUCAUCAAGAUGGGCUUCCCCCACCACGACACCACUGACGGCCGUACCACAUCACUCAGCAUGUGCAUGUGCCACAUAGACAGUGUGUCGGACGCUAGUAAGCUCAAGAGUGGAGGCUACUGCUGCCCGCAGUGCCGCAGCAAGUAUUGCGAGCUACCUACAGAAUGUCGAGUCUGCGGCCUUACGCUCGUCUCAGCUCCGCAUCUCGCUCGCUCCUACCACCAUCUGUUCCCCGUCACCGCCUUUAGACAAGAGAACGCUGCCAACUCUAGCGAGCCUCACUGCUACGCUUGUCGGCACAAGUUCAGCGACAGGGAUAAAUAUGUCUACCAAUGUGAGACAUGCAGUAGAGUGUUCUGUCUGGAGUGUGAUAUGUUCAUUCACGAUACUCUACACACUUGCCCAGGCUGUGCAACAAAUCAGUCUACCUUCUUGCAGCAAGCGAGGUGAAAUCCUGUGCUGAUCUUUGUGUAAAAUAUUAAAUUAAGUUCAGUUUUCCAAAAGUUGUUAUUUUUGCCAACCAAAUCCCAAGGACUAGUACCUAAGUGUGGAUGUGUAAGGAGUUUCAU